AUGGUCGCGGCGUUCAGCAUCGUCUUGGCUUUGCGGAGUAUUGUUGUACUCUUGUAUCAAGCUCACGACAUGCCUACAAGUUUCCGUAGCAUGACCGUAUCGUCUAUGGAAGCGACAAUAGCUCUUAUCGUCGUUGUCUUUUUCGUCGCGUCGUUGUUCGUCGAGAGAAGCGUCCUUGAGGGUUGCGGGUUCGUCGAGCAUAGACUCUCUUUCAACUUUGAUUCGAACCAAAGCCCGUUUUCGAAAGCCUUGAUUCCUAUCGCGUCAGGGAUGUCUGAGUGCUCAGCUGCUGCUGUUUUGAAUCUCUCGACGAACUCGCGAAGAGACUCAUCUUUUCCCUGUGCCAUAGUGAAAAGAUUGGUGCUGCCUUUUGACAUGAACAUGCCAAAAUGUUUCAUGAAUGCCGUGCUGAGAUCGUCGAAGCUGUCGAUGGUCUCGGCGGGUGAAAACAAGAUUUUUAGGUGUUUCAAACCCUUAAUCCCUGCUCAUAUCAUUGCAGCAUAG